AUGAAACGCCAAAAAUCAGAUCAUCGAACGAUCUGUUGGCUGUGGUGGACGUCGGUGAUACUGUUAUUGUUGCGGGUGGAUGCAGAAGAAAGUGAACAAAUCACGAUCCCGUUGGCGAGCACAGAGAAAACACCUGAGAAGAAUGGACCACAAACACCUGAUGAACUUGGUGUCCCCGUUUGCAACUCCGAUCACGAUUGCGUUUCAAGAGGGAAAUGCCGAAAAGACGCCGAUGGAUACGGGAGAUGCAUGUGCCCAUCAUCAUGUCCACAACACAUCCCACUUGGCUGUCGAAAAGGACCGCGACGAGGAAGUAAACCGCCGUGUCUUCUUAUGGAUGGCCCAUAUCGGCAACGAUUCAGCUUCCCGGAUCCGAUGUGUGCUAAUGAAAUGUGUCUCUGCCCUCCGAUGUUCGACGAAGUGACCACAGCGAAGAAUUUCCCUAUCCAACGACUCCCACCAAGGAAAUGUGAUCGAAGAGAACUGCAAGUGGUCGGCUACAUUCAUCCAUCAGCGUCCGUUUAUAAAGGAAAUGAUAUCACAAUGUAUUGUUGCAUCAAUAUGGAUCCGACGAAUGUCGUCGAUCACUCGGGCGUCGUCUUCAUUCACAAUAGCUCGGUGCAGAAAGAUCCGACCUCGCAUCCGUUUCAGCAAAGUGGCCUUGAGGAAAAUAAUCGCUUCUUUCUGACGGAAACACCGUGUUGGAAAUUGGAGAUCAGCAAUGUUCAACUCUCCGAUUCGGGCACUUAUAUGUGCCUUGCUUCCUAUGCAACUUCUUCUCCUCGUUUACCACCUGUCAACUUUACAAUGGAAUUCGAAGUGAAAUCGGCCCCAUACCUGCGGGCGGUUGUUCAUCAACCGCCGGGUGGAGUCGGUCAAUCACUCGCCCGUUCUCCUCAUAAUCUUUUCUAUCGCCCACGCGCGAAAAAGGGAGACGGUCUCCUUCAUAUCCCAUCAAAUUCAUCAAAACAUAAACACAGAGGAGCCUCGAAGAAAGUGAAGAAUUUCGCGGUUGUUUCAACGCCGACAAACGCUAAUGUGACAUGGGAGACUGAGGAUGAUUCGUUGAGGAUUGAUUUGAGGCUAACCAGUCAUGCAGUCGCAACAACGCAAAACUGGACGACGAACAACGCGAAGAGUCCGGUGGUGAUCGAGAAGUUGUUGCCUGCCACCGCUUACACUCUUCACAUCACCGUUCAUGCCGGUCCCGAACAAAUUCGAAUGACCGAACACUUUCAAACUCUUGAGAAAGCUCCUUCCCCACCCGGAUCUCAAGAUUUGCGACUGGUGGAGGACGAGGACGGGCGACACUAUUGUGAGGUGGAUUGGAGAGCGCCUGAGCAACCGAAUGGACGGAUCACUGCGUACUAUGUUCGUAUGGAGGGGAAAAUCCGGGACGGGCUUUCCGACUUUCGAUCCGAGGUGACAAGCGACGAUUUCCCACCGGCAACUGACUCAAAAUGCUCGAAUUUUGAUCAAUCCGAGAGUCCGGAAAAGAGUGUGGAUCCAUCCGGGUUCCCCUCUCCAACUUACUUCGUUUGUCGCUUCGGGCCAUUGAAACCAAAUCGAAACUACUCGGUGACGGUUUGGGCGGCGAACGCGGCGGGAAAAAGUCAACCGUUGACUUUUGCUGAGCAAUGCACCACGAAAUUCUCUUCACCUGAUCGGAUCGAAUCUCCGCAGAGUUUACCACCGCAGAAUUUGACGAAUAUCCAGUUGAAAUACGCGGGCACCCCUGAUCAAACGAAUGGACCGAUUACCUGUUACUAUGUGGCAAUCGUUCCAUUGCUUCUCAACGCUAGCAUCGACAAGUUACCCCCACCUGCCGACAUCUCGAUCGAUAAUGGUCAAAAUGCUUUCAAAAACAAUAUGAAAGUGGUGAACAGUGAGCAAAAGAGUUAUCUUGCCUACAUUGCGGAGAGUUAUGACAAAUUGCUGCCUGACACAGCGAUCAUGGGCGAUGGAAAUACGAGUAGUGGAGUGCCGCCAUGUGCUACAAAAUAUUUGGAGAGACACGUGAGUGAGGACAUCGCUCUUCGACAGGGACUAAUCUACACCGGAUUUCUCAUCGCUCGCGUCGACAAUCCCGAAAACCAAAAACCCGAGCCGAGCACCGUGGCUCCCCGUGGUCGUCUAAAGGGUCGAAUGAUGGGCAAUCAGCCAGUGAUCUCUUCGUCGACAAAGAGUACUUCAUACGCGUACAGCUCGUAUUUCAAACCCGUUGCACUAAAUGGACUUGGUGAAGACUCAAGCUCUUGGGCGACACUUCUCAUCGUUUUCACUGUUCUUUUCAUUUUCGCUCUCGUCGCCGGCGGAUCGUUUUUCAUCUUUACAACGAUAAGAAACAAGAAAUUAUCUGGCAAUGAUCACAUUCAACUCAAAAUGUCGGUUUAUGGGCCGGUGAAGGGCGAGGAUAUCCCGGGAGAGUAUCGGACAAGGCACAAGGAUUCGGAUUUCCUAUUUUUCGAAGAAUACAGUCGAACUCCCAACUAUCAACUCGAUACCUCGGCCAGUCAACGUAAAGAGAACGCAAAUAAAAAUCGUUACAAUGAUAUUCGGGCUUUUGAUGAAACGCGCGUGAAGCUGAAGAAAAUCGACGGAAUCGAGUACUCUGAUUAUAUCAAUGCGAAUUUUAUCAAGGCGUAUGAUCCGCAAAAGAAAUUCAUCGCCGCCCAAGGGCCCCUCCAAAAUACGAUCGAAGACUUUUGGCGAAUGUGCUGGGAGCAAAAUGUGGAGAUGAUUGUAAUGGUGGCCAAUCUGACGGAAAGACACAAGCAACAGUGCGCAAAGUAUUGGCCCGACGAGGAUCCGCUACAUUUACCCCGUUUCGACAUUGUCCCAUGUGGUGCCGCUGAAUACUAUGCUGAUUAUGCGAUUCGAUCUUUUGAAAUUAGAGAAAAGUUGACGAGUGGUCGAUUAUCUCCAAUCAAUAUCGCUGUCAAUCAUGGAAGAAGCUUGGCCGACAUGUCCACGAUGGAGUGCAACGGGUCGGAGUACGCAAAUUUGCCGAAUGGAAUCAUCUCAAAUGGAAGUACAUCACCGAUUGGUCGUAAAAUCACGCAGUAUCACUUCACGAAUUGGAACGAUCACAAAGCCGCCGAAUCGAUUGGACUUUUAAGAUUUUUGCUUCUAUUGCGUGAAAAGGAUGAAUUCUGGAAAACGCCAGUUGUUAUACAUUGCAGUGCUGGCGUCGGGCGAACGGGCACCUUGAUCGCGAUGGAUGCCAUGAUGGACAUGUACGAGAAAGAGGAUCAGGUGGACGUGUUUAAAUUCGUCUCCCAGAUGCGCCAACAGCGGAACAAUAUGGUGCAGAAUUUGGAACAGUACACAUCGAUUUAUAAAGUGUUGGCUGAAUGGCAUUUGUUCGGUCGAACGGAUCUCGAUGUCAACGAUUUCCUUGAACACUAUGAGAAAUUGCAAAAUGGCGCCACUCCAACGCGAAAUAUUGGCACAAAAAUGGAGGAAGAGUUCAAGAAGUUAAAAGAAGAGCUGGAGAUUCGACCAAGCACGAAAUUCGCGGAUGAGACGAAAAAUUUGAUGAAAAAUCGCCAGCCUCGAGCGGUGCCCUUUGAUCGGAAUCGGGUUUGUCUGCAACCAUGCCUUGGAUAUGUUGACAGCAGUUAUAUCAACGCGAGCAGUGUAAGAGGUUAUUUCUAUCCAUACAUCCUUGCACAAGACCCACUCUGUGAAGCAACGGCAUUCGAUGUGUGGAGAAUGGUUUGCGAACAAAAAGUCGUCACAAUUGUCAUGCUUUCACAAGAGGAAUUGUUUGAAAAGACAGAAAAGUAUUGGCCUGAAAAGGUUGAUUCAUCACGUGUCCUCUCUCGCGACUCGCACUCAGUCACAGUGAGAUUGAUAUCGGAAGAGAAAGGAUCUUGUUUCAUCACACGAAGGAUGGAUUACGUGAUGAAGAACGAUCCAUCCACCUCUCGAUCCGUUGUCCAAUUUUGUUUUACGGACUGGCCGGUGAACUCCCCAGUGCCCCAUUCAUCGGAAACAUUGUUGGCGUUGAUUGGACGAGUGUUGGAGAGACAAUCACAUAUUGAUCAAGGACCAAUUGUACUCAUGUGCAGAAACGGUUCUGCUGAGGCUGCAGUCUAUUGUGCGGUUUCAUUGUUGAUGGAGCGAUUGAAAGCCGAACAACGAAUCGAUGUACUGCAAACGAUUCGAUCAAUACAACAACAACGACCGGAGACUUUCACGAAAAUGGAAGAGUACGCGUUUUGCUAUCAAGCAGUGGCUGAGUACCUCGCCGGUCGACAUCGA